AUGAUUUCUCCGGGCUUGUCUGCUCGUCUACCAAGGGUCUUCCCCGCAUUCCGUACCCAGAGACACUUCAGCUCCGCACGUCCGACAUGCAAGGAGAUUCAGGAUGCCUACAUCCUGAGUGCAUCUCGGACACCAACUGCCAAGUUCAAUGGUUCAUACGCUUCAGUGUCAGCACCUGAGCUCGGCGCGGUUGCCAUUAAGUCCGCUCUCAGCAAAUCAAAGAUCCCCGUAGAGAAGAUCACAGAUGUUUAUAUGGGUAAUGUUUUGCAGGGCUCCGUGGGUCAGGCUCCCGCACGUCAGGCGUCCAUCUUCGCCGGUUUGCCUUCCACUGUCGAAGCUGUCACUAUCAACAAAGUGUGUGCUUCUGGCCUAAAGGCGGUGGCAAUUGCUGCACAGAACAUUCAGCUGGGUCUGGCAGAGGCACAGGUAGCAGGCGGUAUGGAGAACAUGACUCGUGUCCCAUAUUACAUGGCUCGUGCCAGUCAAUUACCACCUUUCGGCGAGAUCAAGCUAGAGGACGGCUUGAUCAAGGACGGACUGUGGGAUGUGUACAACAAGUUCCACAUGGGCAUCUGCGCGGAGCAGACCGCUAAGAAAUAUGAAAUUUCCCGGGAAGACCAGGAUCAAUAUGCCAUUCAGUCUUACGAGCGAGCCCAGCAGGCAUGGAAGGACAACAAAUUCGCCGAUGAGAUUGCCGCAGUCACUGUCAAGGGUAAGAAGGGCGACACGGUCAUUGAGCGUGACGAAGGAUUCGAGAACUUGCGUGCCGACAAGCUGAAGACACUGAAGCCCGCUUUCCUGCGGGAUGGUACCGGUACCGUGACCGCCGGUAACGCAUCGACAAUGAAUGACGGAGCAUCAGCUCUGAUCCUGGGUAACAAGGAGCUUGCUCGUGCAUAUGGUGCUGGUGGGCGUGCUUUGGCCCGCAUUGUGUCCUCGGCCGAUGCCGCUAUCGACCCUGUAGACUUCCCCGUUGCCCCUGCCAAGGCAGUUCCAAUUGCAUUGGAGCGUGCUGGUAUCACCAAGGACCAGGUCGCGGUGUGGGAAUUCAACGAAGCCUUUGCGGCCGUUAUCAAGGCCAAUGAGAAGAUUCUCGGCUUGCAAAACGCCAAUGUCAACAUGCUUGGAGGUGCUAUCUCCCUCGGCCACGCUCUCGGUAGCUCAGGCUCACGUAUCCUUGUCACCUUGCUCCACCAGUUGCAACCUGGCGAGUACGGCGUGGCUGCUAUCUGUAACGGAGGUGGUGCUGCAACUGCGAUGGUUGUGCAGAAAUUGGAUCGGGUUGAUUAA